CUGGCGGGCGCGGGCGCGCGUGUCGUUGUAAACACGAGGGAGAAGGAGGAGGCGGCGGCGGCGAAAUCACGUACGUUCCACCACCACCGCCGCCGCUACCACCUACACAACCGGACGCUUAAGAAUCGCGGGCAGGGGUACGCGUGUCAUCACCCUCUCUACUCACCCCUCCCUCCCUCUCUCCCGCCCUCGUUCCCACCACUCCCCACCCCUAAGGGAAUAAAACCAGCUGGCGGCGGCGGCAGCAUCAGCAGCUGCCAUUGUCCGGGUUGUGCUACAGCUGUCCAAGGCCUGCCUCAUUUUUUUGGUUUUAGACCCUACUCAUUCCUCUGUCUGGAGGGCCAGCCGCCAACGCCGUUUCCGCUGACGCCGGAGGCCUUCAGCGGGCCCGGAGUUCCGCACUCGGCGAGACCCAUCCAAACCCUCGAGCACGGCGAGGUGGUCUGCGCGGUGAUGAUCAACAGCGCCGCGCGACACAUCUACACCGGCGGCAAGGGCUGCGUGAAGCUGUGGGACAUGAACGCGGCGACGGCCGACGGCGCUCCAGCCACCACCAAGUCCUGUCUGGCCAGCUUGGAUUGUCUCCAGGGCGACAACUACAUUCGGUCCAUCAAGAUGGGCCAGGAAGGCAACCUCUUGGUUGUUGGAGGUGAGGCGAGCGUGAUUAGUAUAUGGGACCUGGGCGGGCCGACGCCUCGUCCGAAGGGCGAACUGACCUCGGCCGCGCAGGCCUGCUACGCAGUCGCGGUAUCGCACGACGGCAAGCUGUGCUUCUCCUGCCAGUCGGACGGCAACAUCUCCGUGUGGGAUCUGCACAACCAGACGCACGUGCGGCAGUUCCAGGGCCACACGGACGGCGCGUCGUGUGUCGACAUCACGGCGGACGGCGGCCACCUGUGGACAGGCGGUCUGGACAAGACGGUGCGGUGCUGGGACCUGCGCGAGACGCACCAGCAGACCGCGCAGUACAACUUCAACUCGCAGAUCUUCUCCCUCGGCAAGUGCCCCACGGACGACUGGGUCGCUGUCGGCAUGGAGUCCGACGACAUCGAGGUGUUCGCGCCGGGCCGGCCCGAUCGAUAUCGUCUGCGCCUCCACGAGAGCUGCGUGCUCUCCCUCAAGUUCGCGCACUCCGGCGCGUGGUUCGCCACCACCGGCAAGGACUACUGGCUCAACGCCUGGCGACCGCCUUGGGGAGCGAGUCUCUUCCAGGUGAAGGAGAACCUCUCCGUGCUGAGCUGCGACCUCUCCGCCGAUGACAGGCAUUUAGUCACGGGAAGCGGCGACAAGAAGGCCACGCUCUAUGAAAUUUCCUACUAA